AUGCCAAAGAGUAAGUCCAUUGAAGCACGUCCAAGAAAACGUAAACAAAGUCAAAGAAUUGAGGAACUUACCAAUUCAGUUUCUGAGCAUCCUAAACGCGAAGUAAAUCAUAUAUCACACCUGUCAGAUGGCUCACGCCACCCAAAACUCAGAAGUCGUGUUAUCCAUGAGCGGUCAUUCCUAACAGAUUUCCACAUUGUAAACAAAGUUCCAAAGUGGCUCAUUUUAUCUUUCAUAUAUUUGGGGGUCUUGAUUUUUUUGAUGAUGAUUGCCUUUCGUCAAGUAAUGGUAUGGUAUCAGGGAAAACAAGUUAUUACUCCACUUCAUUUACCUAAAGUAAUAUCGGAUGCUUCAUCGCAUGAACGAUCUCAUAGUUUGUUUUGGGGAAGUUAUCGUCCCGGAAUUUAUUUUGGUAUGAAACAUAGAAGCCCCAAAUCUCUUUUGUUUGGUGUUAUGUGGACAGUCCAAGAUCCAGAAAAUUUUGUCUACCGCCACUCAUGUGAUCAAUUUGAUGGCGUUCUAAGCUACAACUGGUUGGAACACGAUGGUCGUACUUUUGGAACACAGCAAAUAGUGGAUAUCCAUCAUAUUAUCACGAUAUCUUUUGUAAAACCGUCUUCUGACUUGAUGGGCGGUGACUGGACAGUAAGGAUUUCGGCAGUUGCGCGGAAUCGUACUUCUAUGGAAUAUCCAUUGUCGGUAAUUGUCUACUUUUAUUAUCCUGGUGAUAAAAAUGACUUCUUCAUCGAACCAGUCAUUUCGAAUAAGAAAAUUACUGGAUUGCAAGGUAGUUCAAUGGAGUUGAGUGAUUUUCAUGUUUUGUUUCAUCCUACUCCUCAUAAAUUACAGGAGAGUUCUCUCGUGGCUUAUAUACCUAGAGAAGAUACAAUUAAAGAGACAAUGUUAUCUGGUUUAGGAGUUAGAAGAGAUAAGAAUUUCUUGGCACUAACAGGUCUCACAAAGAAUCAUAAUAAAAAUCAACCUCCAAAUGCAUGGUUUUAUGAAAUAAGUACAAAACCCAAUGAAAAUAAUCAACCAAUUCUGGAUGUCGAAUUCCUUCGAUCACAAAGUCCAUUUGAAGGUUUUCAUGGGAAUAGUUUCUCUGAAGAGUUAUCUAAACAGUCUAUAAGUUUCCAUAAACGUUUUGUUGAAAGAUUCAGUGUUGAUUUAACGAAGUUUUCUAAUAGACAGGUCAACUUAUCUAAAAUUUCAGUCAGCAAUCUACUGGGUGGUAUUGGUUUCUUUUACGGCACAUCGUUAGUUCGUUCGGCUAAUAUUGGACCGGAACCAGUAUCUAAUUGGGCGUCUAGUUUAUUUACUGCCACUCCAUCUCGUCCCAACUUUCCGCGUGGAUUUUUAUGGGAUGAAGGAUUUCAUGGUUUGAUAUUGGCCCGAUGGGAUCCAAAUCUUGCAAUGGAAACAGUCGGUUCAUGGCUCGAUCUUAUGAAUGCUAAUGGUUGGAUUCCACGUGAACAGAUUUUAGGUUGGGAGGCCAGGUCAAAGGUUCCAUCCGAAUUUGUUGUUCAGUCCUCUGAUGUUGCCAAUCCACCAUCCUUGAUUUUAACUGUUGAAGCUUUGUUAGAUCGUUUGCCUCGACUAACUGUUGCUGAAGCUAAUGAAUUUCGUCGUUGGUCUUUGUUAAUUCUUCCAAGGCUACAUGUUUGGUAUCAAUGGUUCAAUACUACUCAGAUUGGUCCUGUCCCUCUCUCAUAUCGCUGGCGCGGUCGCAAUCCAAAUGAAAUUCAUCAGCUGAACCCUCUUACAUUAAGUUCUGGAUUAGAUGAUUUCCCUCGUGCCUCUCAUCCAACUGAUGAUGAACGUCACAUUGAUUUACGUUGUUGGAUGACUUUGUUUGCUCGUGUAAUGGCAAGAUUGGCUUCUGUUGUUACACAAUUUAUGCAGGCAGAUCAAAAUGCAAAUGGUCGAUCAAAGCUAGAAGAGACUCGUUCAUUGAUUGCUGAAUAUACUCGUUGGGCUGAUCUAUUAUCAGAUGAGAAUGAACUGGAUAGACUUCAUUGGUCAGAAAAACAGGGCCGCUAUGCUGAUUACGGUCUGCACACAGACUUUGUUAGACUAGAGAUGCCUGAUAUACCUAAGGGAUCACAUGUUUCUGAUGAGCAGAUGAGAUUGGUACGAGUAACUGUGAAAACCCCAUCACUGCAGUUAGUGGACACCUCGUUUGGAUAUGUAAAUUUAUUCCCAUUUCUUUUGAAAGUUCUUUCUCCUACAUCACCACGACUUCCUCGUUUGUUAGCUGACCUGAGUAAUAAGGAAUUGCUGUGGUCUGAGUUCGGCUUGCGUUCAAUCAAUCUUAAGUCUCCUUUUUAUCAUACACACAAUACCAAAGAUGACCCACCCUACUGGCGAGGUGCUAUAUGGAUAAAUAUAAAUUAUUUGGCCGUACAGUCACUACGUUAUUAUUCUCACCAUUCACGUACACCUGUACCUGUCGCUGCAGAAGCUAAACGGUUGGAUGAACAACUGACGCAAAAUUUAGCACGUACCGUAUUAGGUGGACUUGAACGAACAGGUCAUUUAUGGGAACAGUAUAACGAUCAGACUGGAAAUGGUCAACGUGGUCAUCCGUUUUCAGGAUGGACAAGUUUAAUUAGUUUAAUAAUUAGUGAUAGUUCUUAACUUGUUUGUACAUUGUUUUUAUCAUUUAUAUGCCGUGACUUAAUGUUGUAUAUCCUUUUCUUUUUUACGUAUUUUGUCUUUAUGUUGUUAUAUUUUUGAUCUGAUGAAUAAAUUUUG